GUGAUUUAUUUCAAGAUGGCAUAUCAAGCACCCGUACAUUUAGUUCCGACAUCCCCACAUUUAAAUGUUACAUCCUUGGUGUAGUUGAGCGGUGGAGAAAAUAACGAUAAUACUCCCUCUUACGGAGGCGUUUGGAGACAGUGACGCAAGCAAGUCAGCAUUUUAAUUGAUCGGUAGGAUGCCUUUGAAGUGAGUCAUUUGUUAAAGCGAUACACGAAACGGGAAGAACCACGUAAAGCAAGAUUUCAAGAAUAAGAGUUCGGAGUGGACUUCGCAUACUCAACAGCAGCAACAAGCGCUGGCGUCAGGGCUAACAGAAACAGGAGGUCGGACCGGUGCUGAAUGAUCCCACACCGCGACGCAGGAUCACGCCCGUAUCUGUACCGCGUCGCCGCUUCGCAGUCGCUUCUCCGGGUGAACCCUGGUCCUCCAGCGGCAGCAUUGAAACUGUUACCUCUAACUUCACCUACCAGCCCAGACCUCCAAUGGAUGGUCCAGCCCACGGUCAUCACCACCAUGCCCAGUCCCAGGCACAGAAUGCAUCUCUACGACCAGCCUGGUCCGUUGGGACACACCCGGCCUGGUGUCAUUUGCUCCGUUGGUGUCACUCGUGGGCGGUGCAAACGGGAAGAGCAGCUCACCCCAGAAGAAGAAGAGAAGAGGCGACUAAGACGUGAAAGGAACAAGAUGGCGGCUGCAAAGUGCCGCAGUCGCAGGAAAGAGCUGACUGAUCAACUCCAGGGGGAGACGGAGAAGCUGGAGGAAGAGAAAGCCGGACUUCAGAAAGAGAUCGAGACCUUGCAGAUGGAAAGGGACAAGCUGGAGCUGGUGCUUGUGUCACACAGGUCAAUCUGUCAGCUCCCCAGUGAUGACCAUCCUCAGGAAGAGCUAUCCGGUGCACUGCCAGCAAGCCGCACUUCGAAAGCAGUAGCGGUGAAGCAGGAACCCUUGGAUCUCUAUGACCAUAGGGCAUUAUCCCAUAAGCACCAGCUCUCUGUCAUCAAGCCCACAUCCACAGAAGGGAGAGUGAUCCGGGUGUGUUCCCCUGACAGGAGCAAUUUGCAUAGCCCUGCUGUAGUUUCUUCUACUCCAGCUCUCACAGCAGCAGAGCCCAGCUCUGCAUUUGCCUGCCCUGGUCUACCAGAGCAGGACAGCUCCUGGCCUGGUUCGGAGGCCUGCUCUAGGCAUCCCAGCAUGCAGCAGACUCUGGACUCCCUUCGCCCUCCUUCCUUCAUGCCUCUCUGACCUCAUCGAGGAUGCAGAAUUGAUACCCAUAGGCACCCAUUCUUGAUUUUUUUUUUCUUUGAAUAAAAUAUUGUCAUCUACCUAAUAUAAAAUGUAUUUAAUAAGUAAUUGUUUCUACAUCUGAUGUGCAAUAUUAAAUAUUGGAUACACCAAUUUAAAGGCU